UGGGAGGAGAGAGGGGAGGGGUCCCAGCCUGAGGCUGGAGAUAUUUCCUCUGGUUUGCAGCCAUUCAGCAGAUGUCUUCUGAGGCUGACUCAUGCCCAGCAUUGCUGGGGACACAGAGAUGGGGCAGACCCAGGCCCUGCCUUCAAGGAGCCCAUAGUCAAUGGGUGGGGAGGGGGGUCACUGCCCAGAGUGGUCAGGGUGUGAUGGAGAGCAGUGCAGAGGCCGGGGAGCCCAUACGAGAGAGACACUGACCGCCUGGGGAGUCAGCGAGGACUUCACAGAGGAGGUGACAUGAGCUUGGCUUUAAAAAGGAGCAGGAGUUUUGCCAGUAGAGAAAGAAAGGGUCAGGCUGGGCGCGGUGGCUCACACCUGUAAUCCCAGCACUUUGGGAGGCUGAGGCAGGCAGAUCACCUGAGGUCAGGAGUUCAAGACCAGCCUAACCAACAAGGUGAAACCCCAUCUCUACCAAAAAUAUAAAAAUUAGCCAGGUGUGGUAGCACACGCUUGUAAUCCCAGCUACUUGGGAGGCUGAGGUGGGAGGAUCGCUUGAACCUUGGAGGCGGAGGUUGCAGUGAGCCAAGAUCACGCCAUUGCACGCCAGCCUGGGUGACAGCGAGACUCUCUCUCGAAAAAAAAAAAAAUGAACGGGUCAACCAGGUGGGCGAGGAGCAGAGGCCAAGGCUUUGGGGAGGGAGAUCAGGGUCUUGGGGCCACUAUCAUCCACUCAUCCACACGUCCUCUGCUGCGGACCCCAAGAUCAUACCUGCCCUUGAGGAGUUCCCAGUCAGGCCCCGAGCAUUCCUCUGAUUCAGAAUACACUCUCUCAGAGCCGGACUCCGAAGAGGAAGAAGAUGAGGAGGAGGAGGAAGAGGAGACCACUGACGAUCCCGAAUAUGAUCCUGGCUACAAGGUGAAGCAGCGCCUUGGCGGGGGCCGUGGUGGCCCAUCCCGCCGGGCCCCCCGUGCAGCCCAGCCCCCGGGCCCCCCGGCCCAGCCUUGCCAGCUCUGUGGCCGCUCACCCCUUGGGGAGGCCCCACCGGGAACCCCACCCUGCCGGCUCUGCUGCCCUGCUACAGCCCCCCAGGAAGCACCAGCCCCUGAAGGCAGGGCCCUCGGGGAGGAAGAGGAGGAACCACCUCGGGCUGGGGAGGGCCGACCAGCUGGGCGGGAGGAGGAGGAGGAAGAGGAGGAGGAGGGAACCUACCACUGUACGGAAUGUGAGGAUUCCUUCGACAACCUGGGGGAGCUGCACGGGCACUUCAUGCUGCAUGCCCGGGGUGAGGUGUAGGCAGAGCCCCCAUACGGGGAGCUUGGCUGAAGGGGUGGGGUGGGAGGAGGGGGCUGAGGAAAUUGGGGUUGUGACAGUGGUCAUGGGGGAUGGGGUACUGCCGGUCUGUGUUGUCUUAGAAGUAGAUGUGUGAUGGCCAGAAUAAAAGCCAAAAUCUGUA